CAAAUUGCUGCAAAUUAUGCAACGAGGGCACGGGCUCUCGGUUGAGUCGACACUGUCGUCUUCGUUGCCGUGUCUCUUUUUCUUCUUCUUCUUCUUCUUCUUCUUCCAUUAUUCUGAAAUUUCAUUCGCGUUCAUGGCCAAUCUCGCGACACGAAAUAUAAUAUGAAAGAAUCACGAUCGCCGAGGGACUUAGGUUUCUCACACAGUACGUACGUGUACAUGCACAACAUAAGAGAGACACAAAAGGGGCGAUCCCGUUCUUUCGAAUCGUUUUGCAUGCCUGAUGCUCGUAAAGAGGGGACAACUCCGGUGGAUUCGUCGAACGACGUUCAUUAAUCCUACACGUACGAAGCAAGCCGUCGUUCAGAUUCACGCUUUGCGGACAGGUGACUUUUAUUCCGUCAUUUUACUCGGAAACGUUCUACGAAGUAUCAUUAGAAAUUAAUUCGUUCAAAACAAAUUAAUUAAUAAUUAUCCCCCAUGAUAUGAGGAAUUUUUAAGAAGAAAGAUAAACGAGAUAUCAUUUAAAAAAAAAGAAAAAAGAAAAAAAAUGAGAAAGAACAUGUAUAAUACAAAUAUCGAAUUUAAUUACGCGUAAUAUAUUACAGUAUGAGUUAUUAUUGAUGAGCGUCUCGAAACAUCGAUUUUAUGCUCGAUGAUAUAAGUUUUAAGGAGAAAUAAAAGAAAACAAAAAAAGGGGAAAAAAAAAGAAAAGAAAGAGAGAAAGAAAAAAAUAGAAAAUAAAGUUCGGGGCGACAGGAAAACAUAGAUACGUCCUUGAAGCGGACCUCGGUGUUUUCCAAAUCAGCUGUUAGCUCGAAGCGGUGAAGGGUGACUCGUUGAGUCGGCGGUGGCAGAGGCGGCGGCGACGGCGGCAGCGGUGGUGGCAGCGGCGGCGGCGGCGGCGGCGGCAGCGGCGGCGGCGGCUCUCGAUGGUAGGGAGAGGGACGACGUCAGUCAGUCAGUCAGUCGGCAACGAGCCUUCGUACGGUACGCAUUGUAUGUUCGGUAGUUCGCGUAUACAAAAACAUUAUAUUUACCUUCUUUAUAUUUAUCGUUGUCAAUCCCAUCAUCCAUCAUCGUCAUUAUCAUCUAUAUCAUCAUCCAUCAUUGUUGGUUAGCAAUUUUUCCUUCCCAUCCCCUCCCCUACUCCCCAGCCACCCUCCCCUGCUUUCCUUUUAUCUCAAUAUAAUAUCUGAAUACCUAGAAGGCUUACAGGUUGGCAAACUUUUUACGAACGAAUUAUUGCGCACGUGUUUAAAAGCCUUACAACAACUUUCAUCUAUAUAAUAUCUAUCUACCUAUUUAUCGUCGUUGUCAGCGAAAGUGUGACCCAACGUGGUUUUUAAUCUCAAUCGGCUUUCCGUCUUGUUGCGUCUUAAUAUAGAUAAUAUACAUAUAUAUAUUAAAAAAAAAAAAAAAAAAAAAAAAAAAAAAAAAAAAAAAAAAAGAGAGAGAGAAAAAGAAAAAGAAAAAUAAAAAGAGAAAUAAAUAAAAGCAACUUCUUUAGAGUUUUAGAUUGUCCAGACACAACACCGGAAGAAUAGAUUAUAAAAGAGAUUACGUGCUCUCCCACGCGUGUGUAUGUGCGUGUACGUGUGCGUGCGUGCGUGCGUGCGUGCGCACGCGUGUAUGUGUAUGUGUGUGUGUCGUGUGUGCGUGCAUAAGUACAUGUACGUACUUUGAAAAGUACCGAUAAGAACACAUUCUGAUAUGGAUUAGAUGAAACAACCUGAUGAAAGCUCUUUAAAACGGAAAGAAAGAAAGAAAGACAGAAAAAGAGAUAGAGAGAUAAAGAGAUAGAGAAAGACAGAGAGAGAGAGAGAGAGAGAGAAGUAUCUCAGUUAAAAAUAAAAGCUCAGUGGACCAACGGGAAGAUCGUAUGAGAGGAUUCAAAGGAGAUAAAAAAUAUUCCAAUAUAAGAAGUAAGAAAUUGUCGAAAUAAAAGAGAGAGAGAAAGAGAGAGAGAGAAAUAAUAUCGUACAUGUAUGUAUAUUUAUAUGACAAAUCUGUGAGAAGGUCCAAGGUCAAAGAUCGUACUUGCAGUGUAAUCUCUUCUCCUUUUUUUCCUCCCUCUAUCUCCUCCUCUUCCUCCUCCUCCUCCUCCUUUUACUUCUUUUUCUUCUCUUCAUCCCUCUCUCCUUCUUGUACCCCACCUUUUCCCUCUUCUUCCCCUCCUUCUGCUUUUCUUCUUCUUCUUUUUCUUUCUCCUCCUCCUCCUCCUCCCCUUCUUCUUCUUCUUCUUCUUCCCCCAUCACCACCACCACCACCACCACCAUCUUCUCUUGGAUCGGUCGACGGCGUAGCGGCGCAACGAGCAUCGCAACGAAAGUGUGUCAGUAGGAUAACGACGAAGGCACGAAGCACAACCUCAUCUCUCGUCGUAGUCGUAUUCGUCGUCGUACUCGUCGUAGCCGUCGUAAUCGUAGUCGUCUUCGUCGUUCCCCAACGGCAACUAUAUUUCGUUUUUCUUUUUUUUUUUUUUUCCUUUUUUUCCUUUAUCCUCUUCGAAGCGACACUUUUACACGAGUUUUUUUAUUUUUUCCCUUUUCCUCGUCGCGUGUUGUGCCAUUUAAACGGCAAAAUAACGUCCGAAGAAAUUGGAACACGUCGGCAACGAAUUACUAUCACAUAUACAACUUUAUAACUACCACUAUUAUCAGCAUCACCAUCACUACUAUUACUACUACCUACUACUACUACUAUUACUACUACUACUACUACUACUACUACUACUAGUACUCAUUGCAGCUAUAGUAUUACUACAGCUGCUAGUGUCACUGUUGCUGUUUGUUGCGCUGCUACUACUACUUCUACUACUACUACUGCUACUACUAUUAUUAUUAUUAUUACUACCAACAUCACCGCCAUUGCUAUUACUAUUUUGUUACAGUAAAAGAAACGAGAAAGAAUUCGUUACGACACGUUCGGCCACAUCGUCUAGAAUCGAAUUUCAAUUCGCCAUUUAUUUCUUCCCCCCACUCCUCCUCUCUCCCCCUCCUCAACCACCCACCCACCCACUUUCGGUUCGGUUCAGUUCACUAACUCGCUUCGCUCGCUCAGUUUUACUUCACCUUUACUUUAUUUUACUUCUACUUCUAUUCUAUACUCUCUACUCUACUCUACUCUACUCUACUCUACUCUAUUCUACUCUACUGUAUUCUACUUUAUUCCGUUCUUCUUCACGUUCUCUUCUUGUAGACAGUUUUUCUUUUUUUCUUUUUCCUUCUUCGUUUUAUCUCUCGUGUCUUCUUAACAUUUUUGCCAUUUCAUCGUAAAGAAGAAGAAGAGAUAAGGAAGAAAGAGAAAGAUUUAAGAAGAAGAAGAAGAAGAAGAAGGGAUAAGGAAGAAAGAGAAAGAUUUAAGAAGAAAAAGAAUCACGACGUCGAUGUCACGGCGGAAAAAGAGCGAGUUCCUUCGCGAGAAAGAGAGGGAUAACGUUGUUGCGUCAUGAUCGUAAUCGACGAGAGGCGUGACAUCAGUAAAAAAUAAUAAUAAUAAUAAUAAUAAUAAUAAUAAUAAUAGUAAUAAUAAUACAUCGUACACGUAUACGAAGCGACACGUGAAGAAAAAAAAAAAGAAGAAGAAGAAGAAGAAAAAAUUAGGACGAGAGAGAUUUAUAGAGAGUGCAAUUAAUUAUUUCGAUUUUAACCGCCCAUCUGUGUGCUCAGUGACGUAUCUACAAGAUUAAAGAGCUCUAAUAUCGAGUAAUGAAAAUAUAACGAAGGAAGAUAAUUAUAGAGAGAUAAAUAGAUAGAUAAAUAAAUAAAUAAAUAAAUAAAUAAAUAAAUAAAUAAAUAAAUAAACAGAUAAAUAAAUAGAUAGAUAGAGAGAGAGAGAGAGAGAGACAGAGACAGAGAGAGAAAAAGGGACAAGAGAAGAGCUCAAGAGGAAGAAAAAAAGAAGAAAAAAAAAAAAAAGAGUCAAAAGGAGUUCGAAUUGGCGAAAUAUGUUGAAGAGAAGGGGAGCAUCGAACAAAAUGAAAAAUCCAGAACAUGAGAGUGGUUAUUUCGAAGAUGGUAGUGAUGGGAGCGAUGUUGAGGUUAACGUUGAGGAAACGAUAGUAGAUGAAGACAGGAAAUGCGGUUCUGCUUGUUACGGCCUUACCAAGGCCAUCCACAGCCUCGACGUCAGGGACUCUCAUGAACACCUUGCCAAUGGCUACGAAGACCGAUCGAACGGGGUGAAUCUCGAAGACAGUGGUGGUCAAAGAGUGGAUAUGUCUCAUUUCGACUUAUUGAAGGUCCUGGGAACCGGAGCUUACGGUAAAGUGUUUCUGGUACGGAAAAGAAUGGGAACCGAUGCUGGUCGUCUUUAUGCUAUGAAGGUCUUGAAGAAAGCCUCGAUCGUACAAAAGAAAAAAACAACCGAACAUACGAAGACCGAGAGGCAAGUUCUCGAAGCUGUUAGGGACAGUCCUUUUUUAGUAACGCUCCAUUAUGCUUUUCAAACUGACGCCAAAUUACAUUUAAUUUUAGAUUAUGUUAGUGGAGGCGAAUUGUUCACUCAUUUAUAUCAACGAGAACAUUUUACCGAAGACGAAGUAAGGAUUUAUAUCGGCGAAGUAAUAUUGGCUUUGGAACGUUUACACAAGUUGGGUAUCAUAUACAGAGACAUCAAACUGGAAAACAUAUUACUCGAUAGGGAAGGACAUAUAGUCCUUACAGACUUUGGAUUGAGUAAAGAAUUCUUACCGCAUGAAAGAGAUAGCAACGCACGAGCAUACUCGUUUUGCGGUACUAUCGAGUACAUGGCACCGGAAGUGGUACGAGGGGGCUCCGCAGGCCACGAUAUUGCUGUGGAUUGGUGGAGUGUGGGCGUGCUAACUUACGAGCUUCUUACUGGCGCCUCUCCUUUUACGGUCGAGGGAGAGAAAAAUACACAGCAGGAGAUCUCGAGGAGAAUAUUAAAGACCGAGCCACCGAUACCAAGUCAUCUUAAUCCAACAGUAAGAAACUUUAUCUCGCGUUUGUUGGUGAAGGAUCCACGUCAAAGACUAGGCGGUGGACCGCGCGACGCCAAGGAAUUGAAGGAACAUCCAUUCUUUAAAAAGGCACCGCCACCUUUCACCUGGGAUGCUUUAGAAAAACGACAGAUAGCACCGCCAUUUGUGCCACGUAUAACGCACGAACUUGACACCAGUAAUUUCUCGGACGAAUUUACAAAAAUGGUCGCUGCUGAUAGUCCAGCAGUUGUACCGCCUAAUCACGAUAAAAUUUUUCGGGGUUACUCUUACGUGGCACCAUCGAUAUUAUUCAGCGAGAACGUAGUAAGCAGAGAUAUCUUCCUAGAGGAAACAGAAGCUACUACAGAAUCUCAAAGGCCAUCGGCAUCGGACGUUUUAGCGGCACGAUUCGAAGAGUCAACGUUCUUUCAGACGUAUGAGCUUGAUCUACGAGAGGAAGCAUUAGGCGAUGGAAGUUUUUCGGUAUGUCGUAAAUGUCGACACAGAAAAACGGCUCAGGAAUUUGCUGUGAAGAUCGUUAGCAGGCGUAUGGAUUGUGGUAGGGAAGCUAGCUUGCUACGUAGUUGCCAAGGCCAUCCAAACGUGGUCAAGUUGCUCGAGGUACAUCAAGAUAGAGCGCAUACAUAUCUAGUGAUGGAAUUACUCUCGGGAGGUGAAUUGUUGAGAAGACCAAGGCCAUUCACCGAGCAACAGGCAAGUCGUGUUAUGAGGCAAUUGGCGUCCGCGGUACGUUUCAUGCACGCUCGUGGCGUUGUCCAUCGAGAUCUUAAACCAGAAAAUAUUGUCUUCGUUCACGAAGGCGAAGAUUCGCCGGUCAAGAUCGUUGACUUUGGUUUCGCUAGGAUAAAACGUGGCUGCGAACCAUUACACACACCUUGUUUUACCCUACCUUAUGCAGCACCAGAAGUGAUUGCCAGACAGGGAUACGAUCAGAGUUGCGAUCUAUGGAGUUUAGGUGCAAUAUUGUAUUCCAUAUUAUUCCGUAAUGCAACAAUAUUUGUAAAUGGCUCGCCGGAUCUGGCAUCGCGCAUUAGAUCAGGCGAAAUUAAUUUCGAUUCUAACAGUUGGUGUCAUAUAUCACCUUUGGCCAAGCAAGUGGUAAAAGGUUUAUUGACGGUCGAUCCGAACAAAAGACUCACCGCUAUGGCACUUGCCAAUCAUCCUUGGUUAAUGGAAUCAACUAACACGACCGAACCAAACGUAUCAGACACUACUACAUCGUGUCUUCCUACAUCAUCGUCGGAUAGACUCGAAGGUUUUCGUUUACGAGAAGUGGAUGGAGCUAAAUUAGCUCAAAGACGUAAAUUACACAAACGUUCGACUUCUAGUUCAGUAUCUUCCUCGGCAUCGACAACUUCCUCCACCCUUUCUGUUCCAUUGGUACGACCAUCCAGCACGAGUACCAACGUAACCACUUCUGCAUCACCUGCUCAACCUAUUGCCUUUGACUUUGGAGAGGAGAAAGUAAACGAAUAUUUGAGUUCGUUGUCGUCUUCCUCCGACUCCAAUUCUCCAAAGAUAAAUAAUCAUCGACAUCCGGAAGGAAAGUCAAAACGACGCAAACGUGACAUGACCGACGAUGAUCCUUAUCAACAAGGAUGUUCAAAAACUAAACGACAUAAACGACACAACGAUUUAGACGGCGAAUCAUCCUAUCAAAGUAAUAACAAUAGAAAUGGACCGGUUACAAGAUCGAGAAAACGAAAAUUAGAACAAAAUGUAUGUAAUUCAGACAGCUCAAUGGAAUCAUAUGGAUCCUCCUCUUAUACCGACAAAAAAGAAGUCAAUGUUCAUCGAAAACAAAAAGCUGGUAAACGGCCCAAACGCUUUACUACGAUCACAGUGGAGUAAUGUUUCCUACAUCGUGUCUCGGAGGUAGUCUUAUUCUCACUUAGUUUCCUAUGCAUUUUACAAUAAAGUAAUAGCGCGCUGCCUUUUGGGAAUUACGUACAAGAUAUUAUAAAUGUUACAUCAUUCCUAAUGCGUGAGAGACAGGUCUUUUAGACUAUUGUAAAUAUGUUUCAUUUUAUGCCAUGUUUUUUAGAAUAACCAAGAGAUAAUAUACGUUCUUGCUAAGGAUUUUUUGUAUAAAAAAGGAUUGCAAAAGGGAAAGGGGGAUAUUAUCAUUGUAUCUUUAUGGUCAGGGUCAAAUCAUUUCGUUUCUGUUAGAUUAACACAAUAGUUAUCAGAUCCCUGCUGUUUUUAUUAUUUCGAUUUAAAUUUUGUUAGCAAAAAAAAAAAAAAAAGAAAAUAAUAUAAAAUAUUUUUCUUUCUUUCUUUGUGUGUGUGUGUGUGUGUGUGUGUGUGUGUGUGAGUAUUUUUCUUUUUUUUUUUUUUUCCUUCUCUUCUUUUUUUGUUGUUUCUCUUUUUUCGUUCACAAUUAAGUUUCGCUUGUCUGUGAUCAGCGAAAAGUCAACUAUGCAUUAUGGGUUGUUAGGAUAGAUACGUAGUAAAUGUGCCUCAAUAAAAAUUGUCCAUUUCCUAUGAAUGCAUCGAGUGAAGCGUUGAAUGUAUUGCAAGAUAACAUUUGAAGUAUGUUGACAAGAGUUUACAAAGAGUUCAAAACAAAUUUUAUCAAUCGAAAUUAUUUUAUUUUCUAUAUAUGUAGUAAACGUUUGUUUGUUGAACAGAAGAUGAUGUUAUCAUUCUAUUUAAUAACUCAUUAAACAUUCAACUUUCACAAUUAAACAAUAAGAGAUCGAUUAAAAUGUUAAAGAUGAUUAUUUUUUUUUUUUCUUUUUUUUUUUUUUUUUUUUUUUUUUUUUUUUUUAAGAACCGUU